UGCGCGUUCGUCCGCCUCAUCCGCUUAGUCGCGCGCCGCCUCUCCCUUGAUUUCAUUCAACAGCCGCCUGGAAGAGGAGAAGGACGGCUGGGCGCUGCUUCCCCCUUUUCUGCGAGGGAGCUCAAAGGCAAAGCCUUAAAGUAUGAAUUACGUAGGACAGCUUGCAGGACUUUUGGUUACUGUUAAGGAACUGUACAAAGGCAUCAAUCAGGCUACGCUUUCAGGAUGCAUUGAUGUAAUUGUAGUUCGACAACAAGAUGGUACAUUCCUGUGUUCUCCAUUCCAUGUCCGAUUUGGAAAGCUUGGGGUCUUACGUUCCAAGGAGAAAGUGAUUGAUAUUGAAAUCAAUGGAGAAGCAGUUGAUCUUCACAUGAAGUUGGGUGAUAAUGGCGAAGCUUUCUUUGUGCAGGAAACAGAAGAAAAUUUUGAAGAAGUACCUGCUCAUCUGGCUACAUCUCCAAUACCCACAGAAGCACAGUUCUUCAAAGAUACUGAUGAUUAUUUGUUAAAGUCGGGUGCAAAUGAAAGGAUGUAUCCAAGAUCAGAAAUCCCACAGAUUGAAGAAACAGAGCCUAUUUUUUCUUCUGGGUCAGUGAAGAAGAAGAAACGGAGGAAAAGAAAAUGUAAACAAGAUGCCAAGAAGGAAGAUCAAAUUUCUUCUCUUGGAAUGGAAGAAGUCUUUGAAAUGGAAAUAAGCUCAGAUGAUGAGAGAAGUGUUCAGCCUGUGAGAAGUUCUUCAGAUUCUCCACCAAAAGAUGAAGAAUAUAAAGAAUCAUUGAUUUACCAUUCAAAAGACCAUUACCCUUUGUCAGAUGGAGACUGGUCUCCUUUGGAGAACCAAAUUUGCAAGUCAACUUGUCCUAAAAGUGAUUCAGAACUGGAAGUCAAACCUGCAGAGAGCUUACUUAGAACAGAGUCUCACAUGGAAUGGACAUGGGGCGGCUUUCCAGAAUCUACCAAGAUAAGCAAGAAGGAAAAAUGGGAACAUCCUAGAACAGCCACCAUUGCUCCAUCAGAGAAGACUCAUUUCAGAGUUAUAUCUAGCAUCGAUGCAGUUGAAGAUGAUGUUUUGGUUAAUGAGUCUGUCUGUACCGUCCUAAAACCUGAACCAAGAACUCACCCGCUACUUAAGGAGUUAGAUAUUAAAGAGAGACUUAGUACUGUACCAACAGAACCUGUUUUGGAAAUACUCCAAAGUUCACCAGUAUUAGAGUCUGAUACUAUCCCCAGUCCAUUGGUAGAUUCUCCAUCAGAUAUUAAACCACCAGCAAAACUUGAUUCUCCAUCAAAGAAAAAAGGAAUACAUAAGAGAAGCCAGCACCAAGGACCAGAUGACAUAUAUUUGGAUGACCUGACAGCUUUGGAACCUGAGGUUGCUGCUCUUUAUUUUCCCAAAAGUGACUCUGAUCCAGGUACCAGGCAGUGGGUGGAGUCUGAUACCCUUUCUGGUUCCCAGUCUCCACAGUCAGUGGGAAGUGCUGCUGCAGAUAGUGGUACAGAGUGCAUGUCCGAUUCUGCAAUGGAUUUGCCUGACGUCACAUUAUCUCUUUGUGGAGGUCUUAGUGAAAAUGGGGAAAUAUCUAAAGAAAAAUUUAUGGAGCAUAUCAUUACUUACCAUGAAUUUGCUGAAAACCCAGGACUUAUAGACAGCCCUAAUCUGGUAAUAAGGAUAUAUAACAGGUAUUAUAAUUGGGCAUUGGCUGCUCCCAUGAUUCUCAGCUUGCAAGUGUUCCAAAAGAGCUUGCCACAGGCUACAGUUGAAUCUUGGAUUAAAGAUAAAAUGCCCAAAAAAUCUGGGAGAUGGUGGUUCUGGCGUAAGAAGGACAGCUUGAUUAAACAGCUUCCAGAGGCAAAGGAAGGGAAAUCUGAAGCUCCAAAAAAUGACUCAUCAGCCAGUGCAAAGGAAGAAGUUGAAAGUCGGCCUUUAAAUGAUGAUUCUUCUACUGAUGAUGAAGGAUCACAAGAACUGAAAGAAUCCUUAAAAAUAGAUUCUUCACUUGAACAUACAAGCCACGGAAAUACGACUUCUUAUAAAAAGUCUCUUAGGUUGUCUUCAGAUCAAAUUGAGAAACUGAAGCUCAGAGAUGGACCAAAUGAUGUUGUGUUCAGCAUUACAACCCAGUAUCAAGGAACCUGCCGUUGUGCAGGGACAAUAUAUCUGUGGAACUGGAAUGACAAAAUAAUUAUUUCUGAUAUUGAUGGCACAAUAACUAAGUCUGAUGCUUUAGGACAAAUUCUCCCACAGCUUGGCAAAGAUUGGACUCAUCAGGGUAUUGCAAAACUCUAUCAUGCUAUUAAUGAGAAUGGCUAUAAAUUUCUGUAUUGCUCUGCUCGUGCAAUUGGAAUGGCAGAUAUGACAAGAGGAUACUUGCACUGGGUCAAUGACAAAGGAACAAUCUUGCCCAAGGGUCCAUUGAUGUUGUCUCCUAGCAGUUUAUUUUCUGCUUUUCAUAGGGAAGUGAUAGAAAAGAAGCCAGAGAAAUUUAAAAUUGAGUGUCUAAAUGAUAUCAAGAACUUGUUUGGACCAUGUGAACAGCCCUUCUAUGCUGCUUUUGGGAACAGACCUAAUGACGUGUACGCCUACAUGAAAGUUGGAGUUCCAGAUUGUAGAAUAUUCACAGUCAACCCAAAGGGUGAAUUAAUUCAGGAACAAACAAAGGGAAACAAAUCUACAUAUUACAGACUGAGUGAACUCGUGGAACAUAUGUUUCCACUUCUUAAUAAAGAACAGAACUCUGCUUUUGUAUGCCCAGAAUUCAGCUCAUUCUGCUAUUGGAGAAAACAGCUUCCAGAGGUGAACGUAGAUGAUUUAGCUUGAACAACGUCCAUUGUUCACACUGAACCUUUUUCCAGAGAGGCUACUUUCAGUGCCAUGUGUCUUAUUAAAUACAGGAAGCAUCAUGGGUUUGGCACAAACCAGUGAAAUGCAAGGCUGAUAUCUCUUUGUUCUUUAGAUGUUUAUACUGAAUGAUUGAAAGCAUUGUAAAGAUAAUUGUCCUUUGAAAUAGUAGACCACCAAGAAGACAAAAAAUGAAUAGGAAUUUAUGGGCAGCUUUGCAUCUUCAUACAUACAAGACACAGUCGAUAUGUGUAAUGUUUUGUUUACUAGUCUUCUUACUAUAUCUUGGAGGAAAACAGAAAAUGUUGUAGAACUGAAAGGCAAGAUUAUAUUAGGCACAAUAUAGAAUGAUAGGAAAAACUAUAUGAGGUGCAUUAUAAGUAUAUCUAGUAUUUAAAUAGCCACUUACACUAUUUCAGGUACAACAUGAGAUUUUGAUAAUUCAGGACUCUUAUAAAAAUCUCUUCAACAAUUUACAAGUUAAUAUGUAAUGGACACUCAAUUUUUUGUCUAGAAGAACUUGAGUGUUUUAGUUGAGAUGGCACUUUGUUUAGCACUCACUUUGUGGUCUUUGCCUCUUGCAGUUGGUAAGAAAGAAACCAAAACGAUACAGCAAGUGGGCUGCCUGAGCUGCCUUUUGUUACUUGUGACAUUUUAUGUUUUGUAAGAUGCUGUGUGAAAUUGGAAUCUAUAGAAUUGAUACAGUAUUUCAUUUUUGCUGCAACAACGGUACAGUUGACAUCUCUUAACUGCCUUUGGUAUGUGUGCAAUGUAUCAUCAGUAGGCAACAUAUACAUGCACUUUUCAGGGAUAAAUUCUUAUCUUAUAGUAAAGGUAAUGUCUAUAGUCAGACUUUAAAACUGGGAGUACUAUUAUGCCUUUACAGAUCUUUCUAUUGGGGUUUUUCAGUUUCACAAUAGAAUCCAGUGAAAUGUACUAUGUAUCAGCUAUAAGUGUCAGUUUAGAUAUUCUGAUUAAAUUUUUAUGUGUCACUUAUACCGUGAAUCCAGCAGCAAAUGGAGUGCUGAUUCAGUGCUGGCAUUAUUUGAAGAUAAUAUUCCUGUUCACCCUGUAAAUCCAAGAUUAAGAGUUACAACCUCCCCAAUUUUGUUGGACCUCAGCUUCCUUAAGCCCCUAACCAUUGUCUGUGCUGACUAGAACUGAUGAGAGAGUACAACAACAUCUGGAGGGCCAAAGUUAUCCAUUCUCAUGUGAAUGUAUUAAUACUGUACAUUCUUUGCCAGGUAUGAAUUAUUAAACUCAGUUUUGAGGUUUACUACUGAUUCUGGUAUUAUGGUGAGCCAGGUGUGGUGGUAAGUGCCUGAGGUCUAGGUUCAUUAGGCUCUCUCACAGUGCCCAAAACAUUGGCUUGCUCCAUAGUGAAUUUGUAAAGGAAAUAUAUUGGCGUCAGAAUUAGAAAUGCCAGCUAGCAUCCUGUUAGCUAAUUACACUAGCAUAAGUCAGACUGAGGCUUGCACCCUCACAAGUCACUUUUUGGCCAGUACUGAGAUUGGAAUUAUCUUCCAACCACCCAAAGAUCAAAAUCCCCUCUCAACCAUGUAAGCAGUGCAGCUGCCCCACCCCUCCCAAAAAAGCAUGUCUAUUCCCAGGUUGCUGGAGAGUGUGAGUUUGUAAGGACAUACCUAGUUGUUUUCCUGUAACUAGAUGCACUCCAAUGAUGUCACUUCCCAGCAUCUCCUGGGGACGCCCAGAAGUCCUGCAGAUUCCUGUUGCUGACUUCCAGAUGCAGGAAAAUAGCUUUUGUCUCCCUACUGAUUCUCUCCCUCCCCCCACUUUCCUGUGACAACAAGGAAAUGACCAUGUUGCAGGUGGCUAUUGCCGUGUUUUAGCUUCUUACAAGAGAGACAUAGCUAGAAAUGUAACAAGAUGGUACACAUACAUUUCCUGAUGCAGGAUCUUGGCUGUUUUGUCAAUCAUUUUUUCUGAGAUUGCACUAAAUCAUCCAUGUAAACUAUAUAUAAACAAGCAGUAUUUGGAUUGUGCUGAUGUGUUUGAAAUUACUUUCUAAUUAGACUACAGCUAUGGAAUCUCUGGCCCUCCAGUUGUUGUUGAGGUCUAGUUCCCCUCAACUACAGCUGGCCUGGGCAAAGUUAGGUAUGAUGGGAGUUGUAGUUCUUCAGCAUAUUGGGCUGAAGUUUCCACAUCCCAAAAUUAUACUUUAAUCUCUCAGCUGAGUACAAAAAACAAAAGUCUACUAAAUCAAAAUCUGCAAUACUGGCUGAAUUUCAUCAGCAUGUGAAAUUUGCUAAUUUUUGUAUGAUCUUGUAUUCUGUAAAGGAUUCUGAAAAUUUGCAGUCUGCCUGUAUUCUGUCCCUCUACAUUCCAAAACCAAAUAAUUUAUUCCACACUUUCAGUAAUACCUAACUUAUUUUAAUAGAUAUUGCUCUCGUAGUAGUAGUAGUAGUAGUUCUGAGACAAGUAGAGUGGAGCAAUGUGUAUUUGCCGCUUGAACAUUAAGAAUUUCCAAAAAGCUUCUGGAAAGAUUUUCUUUCAUAAUUAUAGACAAACAGAGUUUAUAUGUUUAAUGCUGAAGGAUGUUACUGAGCCAUCAUAAUUCAAACACUUUAAAUUUAGAUAAAUAGGCAUGCACAUCUAAAGAACUGUAUAGUUUUGUUUUAUGCUCUGUUGAUCUCACUUUAGGUAUCUCUAUGCAGGACAUUAGAUACUCAUUUUGGAUUUUACCUCAGUAAUUCUAGAACUGAACAGUGGUAUACAGUGCCCUGAUGCCGACAGGCAAACUGUCUACUAGAGCUCAUCUUUGGUCUGUUUUCCUUGCUGUAGUAGAAACGAAUGGCUUGGAUCUGUUUUUGGGAAACUAAGCUAAGUAUUUCAUCUAUCUCAGAUCAGCAUGUUACAUUAUUCUUUCUGUGAAAGAGAUUUGUGUUUAUGAACAAUCGUCUUAAAAGAUCUUUUUGAAAAUACAUUUCCUUUUACUUUGGAAGUGUAUUGAACAGCUUCUGUGCACGUCUGAAAUUAUUUACUUAAAAUUUGUCAUUUAAAGUAAAUAUGACAGUUUUAAAGAAGAAGUGGGAAAUAGUCAAAAUUUCUGCUGCAUUUAGUAAAAAUAAAUAAGACAAACUCUGUUUGUUAUGCAAGAAAACAAUCAUUUUAUAUUACCAUUUAAGGUUUGGGAUUUGUUUUUUCUUUGAUGUAUUCAAACUAGUAUUUGGAGAAGAGAAACUGUGUGCCUGUGGAUGGAUGUGAGAAACUCUCAUGCAAAAGUAUUCCUAGUACAGAAGAACCGGUGUAGUUCUUUAAAAAUAUUACUAUGUUGUUAUUGAUAUAAAUUACAUGACUCAGAAUUGGAAAAUUCUAAUGGAUCCAGUUUAAUUUAGUAUGACUGUGUGAUGUAGGCUAACUGUUGGUGUAAAAUAUAGCUGCUGGAGUUCCUAACAACUAAAGGAAAAUAUCAGUUAACCAGCAAAAUAUUUAGAGACUGUUUUUGAAAACAAAUUUGUAUUUUGAUUGGUUCUGAAUGCUAGGGAGGAGAGAACGCCUCAGUAAAUUCUGUAUAAUUGUGUUACAGUUUUUGCUUUGACAUAAUUUUACUCACUUAUUGAUCAGUGAACAUUCCAGUACAGUGUUUUUGUAAAGACUGGGUCUGUUAGGGAAGAAAAAUGUCAUUUUGUUGUAUUUAAUAAAAUUGACAAUAAAACCUCA